AUGAGUUGUGUUCAACGUUCAACCUUCUUCCUAAAGGGAUCUGACGAAGCAGGCAGCGGCGAUCUUGGAGAUGACGAUGAAGAGGAUGAUGAAUGCAAAAAGCUCGAGAAGUUACUGUCUAGUGGUGAUGCUGAGGGUGAGGGGGGAUUAGAUACCUCCGGCGAUAAAUCCGAAGAAGACUUGGAUGCAGAGGGUGACCCAUCUGGCGAUGAAUCGCGAGUCAGCAAGACGGACGAUGGUGUUCACAGGCCCCCCAAACAAGAUCCGUUUAUGGAAGGUCCCUGUCCCAUCCCAGAUCGCGGCGAGCCACUCCCCCCCGCAGACCCCCCAGUUACCCUGGGGAAGAAAGAAGCGGAGAAAAGAAUCAACGAGAUGAAGGGGGUGCUCUCCUGGAUUGCCGCAGGAAAAAGGGCACGUAGUAACGCAGGCGCCAAAGGGCGCACCCUCCCCAGCCUGCUGCGUCAGGCAUUCUAUUGCCGUCAGAAGAACAAAAGGGCGAAGUUUGAACCGGGUACUCCCAAAAAACGUAUUGAGAAGUUCAGAAAGCUUGUCCUUGAAAUGGAGAAGCUUCUCUAUGCGCAUUAUGGAGUUGGCAGCCCGUCUGAGGCCGAAGAGGAACGUGAAGAGGAAGGUGAAUCAUCGGAAGAUAAACAACCGGGUGCUGUCGGUGGUGAGGCCAAAGAAGGCUUGGAGGCAGAAGGUGACCUCUCUGACGAUGAAUCGCGGGUCGACAAGAUGGACGAUGGUUUUCACAGAUCCCCCACACCAGAUCCGUUUUUGCAGGGUCCUGAUCCCAUCCCAGAUCGCGGCCAGCCACUCCCCCCCGCAGACGCCCCAGUUACCCUGGGGAAGAAAGAAGCGGAGGACAGAGCCAGCGAAAUGCAGGAGGUGACCGAGUUGGUUGCCGCGGGUACGGCAGCAGGUAGUAACGAAGGCGCCAAAGGGCGAACCCUUCCCGGCCUGCUGCGUCAGGCAUUCCAUUGCCGUCAGAAAAACAAAAAUUCAGAUUUCGGAGAGGAUGUUCCUCAAGAACUCGUUGACAAGUUCAAAGAGCUUGUGGAGAAAAUGGAGAAGCUUCUCUAUGAUCACUAUGGAGUUGGCAGCCCGCCUGGGGAAGAGUAA